UACAGACCAAAGCUCUCAGGUGCCUGAUCGUUCUUGGAAUUUUCACCCAAGGCAAGUGUGCCUAUUAGUAUCUAGUAUCUCCAAUGGUGUCAGAGAUUCUGCUCGGAAUCUGCUUCAAGUGACAGAGAGGAGAUCUCACAAAUAGGAUUGGACAAUUCCAAUAGAUUGCCAAUGGAAACCAUUAGCAUCAUCCAAUCCCAUUUGUGAUAAGUAAUUCUUCCACAUCUACUUUUCUGGAAGAAAUUCAUAAAGCCCGUUAAACAGUCAAGCAUCUGAGAACUCUGAUACAGACUAUAGUGGAUUAUAAUGAUUCGUGUUCUCUGGUCUAGCUACAACUGAUUUUAACGUCUCUGUCAUUCAAAUAGUGGAUACGAAAACAAACGUUUGUUUCGCUGAUUUAUAUUGUCAUAAAUCCCUAUUGUUUCCUUAAAAAUGAACGACGAUCCGAGAGAGGUUCUAGCGCUUUUAAAUUCUUUGGGAUUUGUUGGAAUUACUGCGCAACAACUAAAAAGUUUCAUGAAAGAUUUGAAAUUGUAUAGAAAAGUGAAAGAGCUCGAGCUGCAACAGAGGAAGGAAGAAAUCGCGAUGAAAAUAAUAGAUAAACAGCAAAGCGAUAUAAAACGAAUUCUCAGAGAACAAAGAAGACACUUUUCUUCGGUGAUAAACACUGUGUCUACUGAUUCCUCUAAUUCUAUAGCUGACAAUCCUAUUGUAAAGGUAAAAGUACAUUGUGUAUCAAAUGACAAAGAAAACAGAGAACAUUUUAAUUCUGGGGACAGUACUUUAGGUAUGAAACAAAACUAUAACGAUACAAGAUCAAAAUCCAAGACACCAUCUGCCCCGACCAAUGUUAGAUCUGCUAGCACACUCUGUAAUGAAGAAAGUACUAGUGCUCGGUUGAAAAAUUAUAAAUCGAAAGUAGACCUAGAUAAAAUACUGCAACAUGUUCAGUCAGCAUCUUCGUUACACAGGAGACCCAUGAGUGCUCCUAAUAUUCUAGAACACGAGCAAGAAAGGGUUGGAAGUAGUCGAGCAAAAAGUAUAUUGUCUACUAAAACCUGUCAAUCUGGAACAAAAUCCUUCAUUAGACCAUGGAGGUUGCAACCAGAAGUACAGAAAGGUUUUAGCACCAAAAAAUCUGAUCCAGUUGCACUUUAUCAGAAAUAUCAACAGGAGUGGAAACAAAUGUCCUUUCCAGGAGAAGCUAAGCAUGCUGGUUUAAGAUGGGCAAUUCGUGAAAAAAUGUUAGGUGGAGAUCCUCAUCCUGUGCCACUUCCUAGGAAGUCGACCAGUAUGCCAAUUUUAAAAAAGAAAUGACCUUAACUAAGCAUAGAAGAUAAAUUUUUCACUAGAAAUAAUUAGUUAUAAGAAAUACGAUUUUUAUGGUACAACAUAGUAGUUCAAUUUUCAGACGUUGAUUUGGGAAAACUUCGUCUUCCGAGGAUUAAUUGUUAUAAGAAAAAACAUAUUUACUGUUGGUAAAAAUAACAACAAUUUGAUCAAUAAUAAAGAAUUUAAUUUUUUCUUUG